AUGGCCUCCACAGAACCCUUGCUUCCAUCGGAGGACACCAGCUGCGGAGGCAAGGUCAAAAAGGCUUGCAACUCGCUCCUGAAGUUCCUGGCCAUCGUCUUCGUGGUGCUUUUUGCGUUGACCUGGCUGCUGCAAUUUGCCUGCUACAAGUGGGCGACCUUAGGAUGUUCACCUUCGAAACUGACGGACUACUCCUAUCCCGGCGGAGGAAAGAAUGCCAGCUUCAAUUUGCUUCCUGCGAUCCACCUCUUGGCCGAGCGGUCGCCCAAUUGGUACGGGAGCGCCUUUGAUGUGAUUCCCUCCAACGAGGCGUCCACGGUGGCAGCAGCGCCCGUGGGCACGUGGUGGCAAACUUGGGGGCCAAUCUUUCCGAUCUAUACCUAUGAGGACGUGGCCAACUCGCAGACUACCGUGGUCAUGAGACGAAAGCUCUUGAGACUGGGGCAAUCCCAUGUGAUCCAGCGGUGUGAUGGUGAGGGCCCAGUGAUCUACUUUACAGAAGGAAUGAACUUCUUCUCCAAUCGUGUGCGAAAGUUGUUCCACAUGAAUCAAGCGAUGAGUGAUGACGUUCUAUGCUUCUUGGAAGCCCGACCAUGUCAAAUGAUGUUCAUUCAACAAUUACUGGAGAGCUACAAGAUCUUCCUGAACGAUGAACUGGUCGCGGUCGCAGAGGAGACCCAGCAGGGCUUCCAGUCGAUCACCUUCCGCGGCGUGGAGAGCCGGAAAGAGUUGGCCUCUUCGGUCUUGCAGGAACGUCACUUCCAUGGGAAGUUCGACCUUUGGCUCGUUCAGAAUCACAAGAAGGACUUGAUCCUGCCAGACUAUGUCGCCAGUGCCACCACGCUCUUGUACGCCUUUUUCACCUUACAUCAAGACCGGCGGAAGGUGAUGUCGCACGAACAUGAGGAGCACCACGACAAUCCCCACUUCUUGGCCGCGGCGAAGCGACUCAACGCCUCGGACGCGGAGUUCCAAGCGGCUGGUUCGCGACCCGAGCACGUGACAGUGCCGAUCGAAAUGCCUGUGGAGAUGAUUGAACCCAUGAGGAAUAAGAGUGAUCGCUUUGUUUAA